AUGCACUCACUCUCAAACUUUGUCUUCACUCGCGUCCUGAAUGAGGAUCCCAUUCUCAAAACACUCACUCUCCUCGGCACUGUCCCUGCCACAGCAACCGCCACCACCACUGCAACAGCCGAGGAGAAGAGCCAGGAAGUCCAGCCCGUAAUUCUUCUAAUUGAAAAGACUCACUUUGCGACCCAGUCUGCAGAGAGCAACAUUACGUGCCGUAUCUCUGAACUGCUGUCGACAGGAAGCAACGAUAUCUACCAUUGGUGGAAUGCUAUCAUCCUGGAGGGCAAGGCUUACGACCCCGACCUCAAGAUGACCGUCAUCUCCCCUGUGACCGAGGCACAUAUCGCCAAGUACUCGCGUCAGGAACGCAAGAUGAUCACUGAGACCGCAGAGAUCUACCACAAGGCUAUCCUGCCUUGGAUCGAGAGUCAGCCGAAGAGCAGGAUCCAAUGGGUCUACAAUAUCCUUGAGGGCCUCAAGGAGCAGGAGAACAUUAUCCUACGUGACAAUGAUGCUGAUACCGGCUUCAUUGUCCUUCCAGACAGCAAGUGGGACAAACGCACGCUCUCGUCAUUGUACCUGCUAGCGAUCUCGAUGAGGUCCGAUGUCCGCUCCCUGCGUGACCUCAAGCCCGAGCACUUGCCUAUGCUCAAGAACUUGCGCGACAAGAUCAUGGCCCUUAUCCCUGUUCGAUUCCCCGGCGUUGCCUCGGAUGAGGUUCGCAUGUUUGUGCAUUACCACCCAAGUUACUACCACUUCCAUGUACAUGUCACCCAUGUCUCUGCCCAGGUCCCUGGAAGCACAGUCGGACAAUCCCACCUUCUCGAUACCAUCAUCGACAACAUUGAAAAUAUCGACCCCGACUACUACCGCAAAGCCUCGAUUCGGUUUGCUCUCGGUGUCAACCAUCCCGUUUAUACUCUUAUCCAAGGUUACCAGUCUAGUCCCCAGUAA